AUGGCUUCCAAUGGCGCGUCCUACGCCCUCAGCAACUCCCACAAGGAGAUGCUCGAGAAGUCCCUUCUUGACUCCGACCCGGAGGUUGCUGAGAUUAUGAAAGAUGAGAUUCAGCGCCAGCGCGAGUCUAUCAUCCUCAUCGCCUCCGAGAAUGUGACUUCCCGCGCCGUCUUCGACGCCCUUGGUUCUCCCAUGUCCAACAAGUACUCCGAGGGCUACCCUGGCGCUCGUUACUACGGUGGCAACCAGCACAUUGACCAGAUCGAAAAGCUUUGCCAGAGGCGUGCUCUCCAGACAUUCAACCUCGACCCGAGCAAGUGGGGUGUCAAUGUCCAGUGCCUAAGUGGUAGCCCUGCCAACCUGCAGGUAUACCAGGCCAUCAUGCCCGUCCAUGGCCGUCUCAUGGGUCUCGACCUCCCUCACGGUGGCCAUUUGAGCCACGGCUACCAGACCCCGCAGCGGAAGAUUUCCGCCAUCUCCACUUACUUUGAGACGAUGCCCUACCGGGUAGAUCUCGAGACCGGCAUCAUCGACUAUGACAUGCUCCAGAAGAACGCCAUCCUCUUCCGGCCGAAGGUUCUAGUCGCCGGUACCUCUGCGUACUGCCGUCUCAUUGACUAUGGCCGGAUGCGUAAGAUCGCCGACUCGGUCGGUGCCUACCUUGUCGUUGACAUGGCCCACAUCUCCGGCCUCAUCGCUGCCGGUGUCAUCCCCUCGCCCUUCGAGUACGCCGACAUCGUCACCACUACCACCCACAAGUCGCUCCGCGGACCUCGCGGCGCUAUGAUCUUCUUCCGCAAGGGUGUUCGCUCCGUCGACCCCAAGACUGGCAAGGAGACCCUGUAUGAUCUCGAGGACCCCAUCAACUUCUCCGUCUUCCCCGGCCACCAGGGCGGUCCCCACAACCACACCAUUACUGCCCUGGCCGUUGCGCUCAAGCAGGCCUCUUCGCCCGAGUUCAAGGCCUACCAGCAGAAGGUCGUGGACAAUGCCAAGGCCCUUGAGAGCAAGUUCAAGGCCCUCGGCCACAAGCUCGUCGCCGACGGCACCGACAGCCACAUGGUCCUCCUCGACCUCCGCCAGCACAGCCUGGAUGGCGCUCGUGUCGAGGCCGUUCUCGAGCAGAUCAACAUUGCCUGCAACAAGAACGCCAUCCCCGGCGACAAGAGCGCGCUUACCCCGUGCGGUAUUCGCAUUGGCACCCCCGCCAUGACCUCCCGCGGCUUUGGUGAGGCCGACUUCGACCGCGUCGCGGGCUAUAUCGAUGAGAGCAUCAAGAUCUGCAAGGAGGUCCAGGCCUCUCUUCCCAAGGAGGCCAACAAGCUCAAGGACUUCAAGGCCAAGGUCGCCGGCGGCGAGGUUGCGAAGAUCAACGAGCUGCGCCAGGAGGUUGCCGAAUGGUGCAAGGACUUCCCCCUGCCCGUCGAGGGCUGGCGCAUGGAUGCUGGUCUGUAA